AUUCACCUCCUGCGACGCCAGUAAGAACUUCUCACUGAUCAAUUAAAGUUUGCAGCAAUGGAGACCAAAGCCGAUUCGCCGGCAACACCAACUCCAGCCGCAGAGGCUGCCAAGGAAGCCACCGGCACCGUUGCCGCUGCCAACAGCAACACUGCACAGGCAACGGCAACUUCGGCGGGAACCUCGGCAGCAUCCGCCGCUGGAGCAGUAUCAUCAUCAUCAGCACAGGCGACAUCAACAGCUAGCAAUAAUUCCAGCAGCUCCAAUGCAGGAGUAGCAACAGGAGCAGCCACUGUAUCCACAAUAGCAGCAAGCAGCACACAGCAGCCGCCGCCGGCAAAGAAGCCAAAUCCAUCGCAAGCCACGCGAUCCGACCCUAGUGCGCUGCCCACACGCCAAUAUCUAGAUCAGACGGUGGCGCCCGUUUUGCUGCACGGCUUGCAAGCGCUUGCACGGGAACGUCCCACAGAUCCCAUACAAUUUCUGGCCUCGUAUCUGCUGAAGCAUAGCAAUGGCUGCGAGGAGCCGGUUGCCAAUGAUGCCAGCACCACUUCGAUAUAAGAUCCCCAUUUCCCAUCUCUGACCAGAUACAGUCCCUGUCCCACCCUUGCGUUUGUCUAGCUCUUUAAGUGAAAAAGUCCUUAAUAAAUGUUUUAAAAAUUA